CCGGUUUAUUGAACAGCUGAUUUAAUUUCCUCUCGGAACAUUUUGAAUUUUGUGUGAUAUCGAGGGAAAUCAUGCAGGAUGACAGGAAGGAGAUAUGAAUGAUAAAGUGUUGAAGGAUGGCUUCAGGAUGGCAGCAGACCGGAUCAGUUAGAGCUGCUUUACUCUUAAGCAUCAUCAUAAUCAUCAUCAGCAUCGGCGCACGAGCGCACACCUGUAACCAUAAAGUGCCCCUGCACACAGAGGUUGUACAUCAAGUGUUUCUGAAGCCAGAUAGAUUGACCAAAAGAAGCACUGACCAGCAGUUAAAGAUCCAGAUCGAAUAUGACUCCAGUUUGGAUUGGUUAGAUGAAGACAAAAGCAGUCUUGUAAAGGACAAGCUCCUCCCACAGGCCAUUGAUUAUCUUCAAAAGGCCUUUAGUGUUCGUAGGCAGUCUGGUCCAGUGUUACUGAGCAGACAAUGUGCAACGAAUCAGUACCUUAGGAAAAGAGAUGAUCCGCACCGGUACUGUCAGGGUCCAUGUGCAAACAUCACCAAGUGUGGUCCGGUUAUUGUGCCUGAACGACAUUUGCAGCAAUGCAGGGUGUGUAUUGAGUCAGGGAAGUCCUGUGGCCCUGUCGGCCCUCCUGAUGGUGAGGGGGUGGAGAGGGCGGACUUUGUGCUGUAUGUAAGCGCGAUGACUACAGAGCGUUGUGGGCAAGAGAACAUUGUCGCAUAUGCAGCGUACUGCCAACUGGAAUCUGAACUAGACCGGCCCAUCGCUGGAUAUGCCAAUCUGUGUCCAAAUAUGAUAUCUACUCAAGCUCAGGAGUUUGAAGGGAUGCUGUCCACAGUCAAGCAUGAGAUCAUACAUGCCCUGGGAUUUUCUGCAGGCCUCUUUGCCUUUUAUCACGAUGAUGAUGGGAAUCCUUUGACGCCACGGUCUGCAAGCGGUCUGCCGGCAUACGAUGAAAGGUUAGGAUUAUAUCAGUGGAGUGAUAAAGUCAUUAAAAAAGCCACGCGGCUGUGGGAUGUCCGAGGUGGCCACAUGGUUCGGCACAACGUCCAUGUUCUGGUUACUCCACGUGUAGUGGAGGAGGCCAGAAAACAUUUUAAUUGCCCUAUUCUUGAGGGCAUGGAACUGGAGAACCAAGGCGGUGCUGGCACAGAGUUUAACCACUGGGAAAAGCGUCUUUUAGAGAACGAGGCUAUGACCGGAUCUCACACACAAAACAGAGUGUUUUCCAGAAUAACUUUGGCUAUAAUGGAGGAUACAGGGUGGUAUAGGGCCAAUUACAGCAUGGCAGAAAAUCUGGAAUGGGGAAAAGGUUUAGGCUGUGACUUUGUAAUGAAAAGCUGCAAAUUCUGGAUAGACCAACAUCAAAAUAGGAGGCCGGCGCUUAGCCCGUUUUGUGACUCUGUAAGGAUGCCACCUUUGCAGCUCACCUGCAGGCAGGACCAGCUGGCAGUGGCCGUCUGCAACCUGCAGAAGUUUUCUUAUGCACUUCCUCCAGAAUACCAGUACUUUGAUCGUAUCCCUGGUGUUGCCGAGGAGGAUUUAUCAUCAUAUGGAGGGGCGGUGGAGAUCGCAGACUACUGUCCCUUUAGCCAGGAGUUUAGAUGGCAUGUAGAUGGGGAGUACCAGCGCAGUUCGUACUGCAGAAUACAGGAGAACCAACCAGCUUCUUGGAGAAACUAUGGGGUGGAACAGUACGGCCCAGGAUCGGUUUGUCUGUACCAGAAGACAGCGUUUGUGAUGGAGCAGUGCACCGAACGUAUGACAGCCCCAGACUGGGGCAGUGGAUGCUAUAAGGUGUCUUGUACACCCCAGGGUAUGUUUGUUUGGGUGCAAAAUGAGUCCUAUCCAUGUGUUCGUGCUGGUCACGUAGUCAGUGUGAGUGUGCGGAUGAACGGGUGGGUCUUCAGUGGGCAGCUCAUUUGUCCCGCCUGCGCCGACUUCUGCAGCGAUUGCCCCCUCCCUCACGAGAUCCCUCCUGUAAACAUCACCAAAAGUGCUCGCUUGGAUCCUUGUUCCAGCUCUUCCUGUUUGAUGGUGAACUUAUGGAUGCUCCUGUUUAAUCUUAUUCCACUAAUGGCUGGCUUCCUCCUUUGUGUCAGAGACUGAAUUCGGUCCUGAUUCUGACAGGUGGAUACAGGCGCCUCGCUGCCAUAGACUUCCCUUGAGGUAUAGCUGCCGUGAUCCGAGUACUCUUCUCUGUAUAUGCAGGUGUGUACUGUAGAAGGGAUUGAAAGCCAUCGAUUGCUCACCUCAGCGUGUUUUGUCAUGUGUCAGUGAACCGCAGAUGCAACGAGAAGCCAUAGUCAUGCAGGCUGCAUUUAGCAGCGCUGUUAUGCAGGUGCUAAUUAAUGUUCCCUUGUCUCGCUGGUAGCAUUUUUGGUCAUGAUAUGAAGUAAGCAUCCGGCUGAGAAUCAGGAGAUUUUUAUUUUCUCUGGUGUCCUGCUGUGGUGCUUCUCUGCUGACCUGGUGAAGUUAAGAUCAGUUUACUGUAGGUCGUGUGAGUGAUGGUGUUUGUGAAUUUGCAUGGAGAAGUCUGCGUGAAACAUCCAUUUAUUGAUGCUUUCUUUUCGUUUGAAGAAGUUUUGAAUGUGAGUAUAAUGUCUAAGUUAAGUAGUUUUUGAAGAAGUUUUAAAACGUUUAUAUGC